AUGCGCUACAUUAAAGUAAUACUUGGCUGCCUGCUGCUGGCCCUAAGAGAAGCUGCCGCUGUUGAAAGCGGACCCGGCUAUCUACUUUACACGCGUCGCAAUCAGAAUACGCCACAACGUAUCGUUCCGGAUGUGGAAUCACUUCUACGCUCCUCCUUCUACGCAGCGGAUCCAAUUGUAGUAUCGAUACCACGCUGGGGCAGCAAUGGUUCUGUGGAGCAUUUGAUACUGGCAACGGCGCUGCUGGAACGCAAUGCGUGUAAUUUCUUUGCCGUUGACUUGGCCGAGACCCAAACCGAAUCGGAGAUUGUUGCCAGCGUGAGUGAACUGCUCGUGAUGCUGCAUCGUCAGUUUGAUGUGCCGCUGGGGCGGCAACAGCUCAUCGGCUUUGGGGCGGGUGCACAUUUGGCCGGUGGCGCGGCGGAGCAAUUGGAACAGCAGCUGAACGAACAGUUGCCACUAAUCACAGCACUGGAUCCCAGUGGCGACAGUGAGCAGCUCAAGCAUCAACUUGCAGCCGGAGAUGCACACCGCGUGGAAGUCAUUCACACAAAUAGCCAAGGAUUGGGCACCAUACGGAGAUUGGGCGAUGUGGACUACUAUCCAAAUGGCGGACAGCAGCAGCCGGGCUGCAAUUCGGAUGCCUGUUCGCAUGAGCGUGCCCUAAACCUGGCCGUCGAAAUGUGGUCGCCAGCAAAUGAGUUUUUAGUCGCCCAAUGCGGCUCCGUGGAGACGAUGAGUGCCAAGGAUUGUCGCUGGUCCGCGCAGCGCAUGGGAAGCAACAGUGCCGCGGGCAUCUACUUCUUGGAGACGCGGAGCAGCUCACCCUACGGCCGAGGCGCCUAUCACAUUGGAUUUUUCUAAUAAAGGCAAACGCCUCUGUAAAUAGGA